GAGGAGUUGUGCAGAAUGAGAGGAACAACUGCACACAGAUUACUGAGCACAGCUCUGACUGCAGCCAGGAUGUCCAUCAUCAAGAUCCACGCUCGUGAGAUCCUCGACUCCAGAGGGAACCCCACAGUGGAGGUCGACCUUUACACAGAGAAAGGGCGUUUCAGGGCUGCGGUCCCCAGCGGCGCCUCCACGGGUGUUCAUGAGGCUCUGGAGCUGAGAGACGGAGACAAAACUCGCUACCUGGGCAAAGGUGUGACUAAAGCUGUUGAUCAUGUGAACAAGGACAUCGUCCCCAAGCUGCUGGAGCAAAAGCUGAGUGUCGUCGACCAGGAGAAGAUCGAUAAGCUCAUGCUGGAGCUCGAUGGCACCGAGAACAAAUCUAAGUUUGGUGCUAACGCUAUCCUGGGUGUGUCUCUGGCGGUGUGUAAGGCUGGUGCGGCGGAGAAAGGCGUUCCUCUCUUCCGCCACAUCGCUGACCUCGCUGGCAACGCCGAUGUCAUUCUGCCCGUUCCUGCGUUCAACGUGAUUAAUGGUGGCUCUCAUGCUGGGAAUAAACUGGCCAUGCAGGAGUUCAUGAUUCUUCCCGUCGGGGCAGCGAACUUCCGCGAGGCCAUGCGCAUUGGCGCUGAGGUUUAUCACAACCUCAAGAGCGUCAUCAAGGGCAAAUACGGAAAAGACGCCACCAACGUAGGAGACGAGGGCGGAUUCGCCCCCAACAUCCUGGAGAACAACGAGGCUCUGGAGCUGCUGAAGUCAGCCAUUGAGAAAGCCGGCUACUCAGAUAAGAUCAUCAUUGGCAUGGACGUCGCUGCCUCUGAGUUCUACAGGAACGGAAAAUACGACCUGGACUUCAAAUCCCCCGAUGAUCCCAAACGCCACAUCACUGGUGACCAGCUCGGAGAUCUGUACAAGAGCUUCAUCAAAAAUUACCCAGUCCAGUCCAUUGAGGACCCCUUCGACCAGGACGACUGGGAAAACUGGACGAAGUUCACCAGUUCUGUGGACAUCCAGAUUGUGGGGGACGACUUGACAGUGACAAACCCCAAACGCAUUCAGCAGGCUGUGGAGAAGAAAGCCUGCAACUGUCUGCUGCUCAAAGUUAACCAGAUUGGCUCAGUCACUGAAUCCAUUCAGGCAUGCAAACUGGCUCAGCAGAAUGGAUGGGGUGUGAUGGUCAGCCAUCGCUCUGGAGAGACUGAAGACACCUUCAUCGCUGAUCUGGUGGUUGGACUCUGCACAGGACAGAUUAAGACCGGCGCCCCCUGUAGGUCAGAACGUUUGGCCAAAUACAACCAGCUGAUGAGAAUUGAGGAGCAGUUGGGAGACAAGGCCAAGUUUGCAGGGAAAGAUUUCCGUCAUCCCAAAGUGAACUGAUCGGCGAGGAGCCGAGUCGCCACCUGUCUCGAACACUCGCAUUAAACAUUCGUAUUUCUUUAAAACUUUUUAUACUGAGGCUCAGUGUGAGGUCGAGUCCUGCAGUUACACACAUUUUAUCAGAAUGUCAAAGACAUGAAAAUGAAUAAAGACUUUUCCUGAACAAA